AUGUACACUUGUGCAUGGUCCAACAUUCAAUGUGCACGCACGGCCAGCACCCUGUGUUCACGUGACCAUCCCUCUUGGCAGCCACUUCGGUAGAUCUACACCUAAACAACAAUGAGUUGAGAGUGCUCCUAGGCGUGAUGAGUCGGCGCAAUUCAUAGUUGCAUUUGGUGAGGAACUAAUAGAGGUAGAUGCUGAAUAGAGAAGCAUGUCCCUUUGCUAUUUGUACUCGUCCACCCAACUGUCGUUGAAAAAAAUAAGUCGCGUACCAGGAUGGUCCCUGUAUCCAUCAAAUUUUCUAUACUUUGUUUGACCAUGUUAUAUAUACGGAUGCUCCAUCUUGCACUAAAAUAAAUCAUAUCUUGAGUCUGUGGUGAGAUGCGCACGUAAUUGCCCUACUAUUGUACUUUAAUUCACCUUUAAGCUGACUCCCUAUAUCAAUCCCACUUUUUCACUCUCCCGAUUGGCGUUUCCCCCCAACCCUCACCGCUACUGCAUAUCAACGCCGGCUUCGUCAUGGGCAUCAAACGUUCACGCCAGGAUUCUGUUUCCUCUUCAGAUCAUCUGCCCUCCCUACCAACAUCCAGAGAACAAUCUGUAGACAACAAGAUCCUUCACCUCGACUCUCAUCAAGAUCGCCCUGCCGUCAUGAAAUGCUCGCUGCCACCCCACCCCCCGCUCGAGUUUCAGGACUACGAUGAUUAUCAUGUCCACUACCAACAAUCCCAUCUGAACCGCUGUUCUGAAUGUCACAAAAACUUCCCCGAUGAUCAUUUUCUCUCGUUACAUAUCUGUGAGGUUCAUGACUCUUACAGAGCCGCUAAGGCCGCUCAGGGAGAGAAAACUUUCGCUUGUCUGGUUCCAACUUGCGACCGCUUCUGCUCAACCCCGCAAAAACGGCGGCUACACUGUAUCGACAAACAUCACUUCCCAAAAGACUACGACUUUUUUAUUGUAAAGGAUGGCAUUGAUCAAAGGAGCUCCAUGUUGCGACCUCAUCGCCGACGAUCAAGUACAGUGAACUCGACCACUUCGACGCCGAGCAGGAAACGAGGUGAUAGUGUGAACGCAGCCAAAGUGGAUGCAAUGCAGAUAGUCAACGAUGACGAGGAAGACAGUGAUGAGGACGAUGAGGAAGAUCAAGAGCCCGCUCAAAGCGAAGACAAAGUCAAACGUACGCCUGUAAAACUUCGUGGUCGCGGAGGGUUUAGCCAUCCCAGAGGCGGGGGUCGUGGUCGCGGCGGCUCAACAUCAGCUCUCGAAAAUCCACCACCAGAAUCUACCGAUCCGAUUGAGAGUCUUACCUCGCGUAUGUCUUCGCUACAGUUCAUACCCCAUAGUUUGUAUGCUCGGGGUAGAGGAAGAGGCAGGGGUAUUUAG